AUGAGCCUCUGGGCCUCGCACAGCCCCCCACAGCCGCUACACCCACAGCUGCUACACCCACAGCCGCUACACCCACAGCUGCUACACCCACAGCCGCUACACCCACAGCGCUACACCCACAGCUGCUACACCCACAGCCGCUACACCCACAGCUGCUACACCCACAGCCGCUACACCCACAGCUGCUACACCCACAGCCGCUACACCCACAGCCGCUACACCCACAGCUGCUACACCCACAGCCGCUACACCCACAGCUGCUACAUCCACAGCCACUACACCCACAGCCGCUAA